GUGUCGCGUUCGUGCUCGUGGCCGCGUAGCGGAGUACGCUGCUGCGCACGCAUUGAUUUCAUCCCACCAUCUCGUGGUACGUACACGUCCGUCUCCGUCCCCAUGGCGCGCGGCUAAAACGAGCUCUCGACCCCCGAAAUAGCCCGGCACAAACACGCACCACCCGCCCGCGCGCCUACGCCUACCGCGCAGGAGGCAGGGCGAGCGAGCGGCCUCCCUCCCUCGCUGCUGCCGCGCGAGCGCGCCGACGCUGCUCGAUCUUGGUUUUCGCCUGUCCGGGGGCGGGCGAGAUGAUGAAGCUGCGUUGGUGGCGGGUGGACGCGUCGGAGGUCGCGGCCGUAACGGCGAUGGGCGUGUGGGAGGCCGUCCUCGCCGGCGGCGGCAGGAGGUUCCUCAAGAGGAAGGACAGCGACGCCGGCGAGACUGGUCGUGCGUUGGAGGAGUUGCGGAGUUCAUUGUACAAUGAAAUGCAUAGCUCAGAAGGGGCCAAGCGACAGCAGCAGCGGUUCUGUGGACCAAGUGUUGCACUGACAUUUAAUUUUGCUGUUGCUGUUGGUAUCAUCAUGGCAAACAAAAUGGUGAUGGGGAGUGUUGGGUUUAAGUUCCCAAUUGCACUAUCGCUAAUUCAUUACGCGGUUGCAUUUGUUCUAAUGGCCAUCCUUAAGACGAUGUCCAUGUUGCCAGUUGCUCCUCCUUCUAAAUCCACACCUUUCUCUUCUUUAUUUGCUUUGGGUGCUGUAAUGUCUCUCUCCACUGGGCUUGCUAAUGUGAGCUUAAAACAUAAUAGUGUAGGUUUUUAUCAAAUGGCUAAGAUUGCUGUAACUCCAACAAUUGUUGUGGCUGAAUUUAUGAUUUUCCAGAAAAGGGUUUCCUCUCAAAAGGUUAUCACACUGGCAAUUGUGUCAUUUGGAGUGGCCGUAGCCACUGUUACUGAUCUAGAGUUCAAUUUCUUCGGUGCUGUUGUAGCAUUGGCUUGGAUUGUUCCUAGUGCAGUAAACAAAAUUCUAUGGUCAAAUUUGCAACAGAGUGGAAAUUGGACUGCCCUUGCAUUGAUGUGGAAGACAACUCCGGUCACGAUAUUUUUCUUAUUGGCACUGAUGCCUUUGUUGGAUCCCCCGGGCUUGCUGCUGUUUGACUGGAACUUCAGGAACAGCUUAGCUAUUAUCAUUUCUGCUUUGUUUGGCUUCCUACUCCAAUGGUCUGGCGCUUUGGCACUUGGCGCAACAUCAGCUCUGUCACACGUUGUGCUGGGGCAAUUCAAGACCAUAGUCAUAAUGCUCUCAGGUUACCUGAUCUUCAGCUCGGAUCCUGGAAUCACCAGCAUCUGCGGAGCCAUCGUCGCUCUCGGUGGCAUGUCCGUCUACACCUAUCUGGGUCUGAAAGAGUCGACGACAACCGGGAAGAAACCGCCUUUAGCACAGAAGCCCAAAGCUGCUGGGGAUGGUGAGAAGCCUGGUUUGGAGCAUGAGGAUUCUGUAUGAGCUGACGAGGAUUAUUCAUCCUGGUUGGUCGAUUGUACUAUAAGCAUACUUAGGUGAUUCUCCAAGAGUUGUACGCCAUUGCUGAGUCCAUUGUACAUAGAAACACUUCAUGAUUUUACCCUUUUACAGUUCUUAAAAAGUUCAAAAACAUUGCCUCACAA